CAAGUUAAGCGCACUUCGCCGUUAAAGAGUCUUACAUCAAGAGUGCUCUAAAGAGUGCUAUAGCUCGAUCACUGAUUUAUUUAUAUAGUUAGUCAGUUUGUUUAUUGAAUUCGGAUAUCGGAACGACCGGAAGUCGGGCUCUUGUACUUCUUCGUGCAUAAUCGAUGACGGGCGUUUAGUGCGGUGGGUGAGUGCCCUACAGAGGUCCUGGAGUCCAUGUCUGCAGCUGCCAACUACGGGGAAGGGCCCGUGGUGACGGACCGGGGCGACCUCCAUGGGUUGCUACCCGAGCUUAAUGGGGUCGAGCUGGCUAUGAGCUUGAGUCCCAAGCAUCAUCAAGGAGGACAAGUCUUGAGCCAUCUUCAGCAGUUGCAUCAUUCAACGCCGUUCAGUGUUACCGAUAUUUUGAGUCCUAUCGAGGAGUCGUACAGGAAAUUGGAGUUAGCGGCUAAUCCGCCGUCGCCCUACAGGUCUACAUCCAGCGGAAGCAGCAUCAACAACUCCCCCGGAGCCGGCGGCACGCCUGGAAGCGGCGGCUGCAGCAUGAACAGCAGUUACCCCGUAAUGGGGCAGUUCGGCGGUGGCCAAUACUGUCCUGUUUCCGAAAAUCUAGGUCUUACCCCCCACUAUUCAUCAGGAUGGUACCAAAGCUCAGCAGCAGAUCCCCGAUUUGCAAUUUCCCGUUUAAUGGGAAGCUCUGCUGCCUCGGCGAACAUGGGUCAUGGCUUGAACACAGGCAUGCCCGGCCUGGGCGCGUGCGCCAUGCCCGACUCCAAGCCCAUGCAGUUCCCCUUGGCCCAACGGCGGAAGAGGCGGGUCCUCUUCACGCAAGCACAGGUUUACGAGCUCGAGAGGAGGUUCAAGCAGCAGAAGUAUCUGUCAGCCCCCGAAAGGGAGCAUCUGGCCUCGUUGAUUCAUCUCACGCCUACCCAGGUGAAAAUCUGGUUCCAGAACCACCGGUACAAGUGCAAAAGACAAGCCAAAGAAAAAGCGAUGGCCGAACAAAACCAACAUAAUCAGUCCUCCAGUUCGCCCCGUCGGGUGGCUGUGCCCGUGUUGGUCAAAGACGGUAAGCCCUGUUCCGCCGGCUCGGGGAGUACCCAAACCUCUUCGGCGACCUCCUCCGACACAUCACGCACCCAACAAUCCCCCGUGUGCCAACCCCAACAACAGGCCCAAUGUAUGGGCAACGGAAGUUUGGCCAUGGCAUACCGACAACAGAACAACUACCAACAACAAUGUGGGACUUAUCUGCCCCUUCAAACAAGGGCGUGGUAGUGACACCGUGAAUAAAAAAUUGAGCGAUACUUAAUCAUACUGUAGUCGAAUUUUUGGAUAAUAUCUCGUCCUGUUCCUUACUAAUCCGGUGAUUGCUGAGUGUGUGUGGUGUAUUAUAUACAGGGUGUUUCUCGAUUCCCCCCAAAAUUUGCAAUAAUCCGUGCAAUUGAGGACCGGACAACGCACGAUUACUUGCAAUGUAGACUGUACAUUAGGUGUACAAUUUAUUGUUAUUGAUUGUACAAACAAAAUACACGUUUUAUGUAAAUAUUAGGUAAUAUUUAUAAAUGUAGUGAUGUAAAAAAGUCACUCGUAUGUACAGAUUCUUAGGGUUAUAAUGGAAAAUGCACCGUCAUGUCAUGUAACUGUGUUUUUAAAUUCCUCGUCAAUAAAAAUGUAUAAA